UCCACAAAUAUAAAUUCCCUUAAUACUACUCUUGUUGUAUGAGUUUGACAAUAUGAAAAUCAACAUGGAAUGUUCCCAAUCAAACAUUGAGCUUGUCAUCAUAGAAAAAAACAUCACGAACCACAAUAACCAAAAAUCAACCUCGUUAAUGUUCACAAAACGAUCCUUAAUAAGAUCCAUAACAUGUAUACUAAAAAAACUUCAUGCAGGUUAUUUCAGAAUUAGCCUCUCAUUUGGUGGCCAAGCAUUACUAUGGAAAACACUAAUUGAUCCAACAAACGACACAAGCAAAUCAAGACACGUGCUUAGCAUGCUUCCUUCCUCUGUUUUCAUAGUACUAUGGUCUAUGUCUCUUUUUAUACUCGCAUUACUCUCUCUUCUUUACCUCUUAAGAUGUUUAUUUUUCUUUAAGAUGGUAAAAGAAGAGUUCUUACACCAUGUAGGAGUUAACUAUCUUUUCGCUCCAUGGAUUUCAUGGUUUCUAUUACUUCAAUCAGCACCAUUCAUAGCUCCCAAAACCAUUACUUAUUUAAUUCUAUGGUGGGUUUUCACGGUUCCGGUGGUUGUUCUCGAUGUUAAAAUUUACGGCCAGUGGUUUACUAAAGGGAAGAGAUCAUUCUUAACAACGGUGGCGAAUCCAACGAGUCAUUUAUCGGUUAUAGGAAAUUUGAUUGGAGCACAAGCUGCAGCAGAAAUGGGUUGGAAAGAAAGUGCUGUUUGUUUGUUUUCAUUAGGGAUGGUGCAUUAUUUGGUGUUGUUUGUGACACUUUAUCAAAGGUUGUCUGGUGGUGAUCGUCUUCCUGCGUUGUUAAGGCCAGUUUUCUUCUUGUUCUUUGCAGCACCUGGUGUGGCUAGUUUGGCUUGGGAAUCUAUUGUUGGAGAUUUUGAUACUCUUUCCAAGAUGCUAUUCUUUUUGUCCCUAUUCCUCUUCAUGUCACUGGUUUGCAGGCCAGCCCUAUUCAAGAGAUCUAUGAGAAGGUUUAAUGUUGCAUGGUGGGCUUAUUCCUUUCCUGUUACCGUACUUGCUAUGGCUUCCACAAAUUAUGCACAACAAGUCAAAGGAACUGUUUCCCAUAUUCUAAUGCUCAUUCUCUUGGCACUUUCUGUUCUUGUCUCUUUUUCUCUCACAUUGUUCACUUUGCUCAACUCUAAGAUGCUUCUGCCAGAUAACGAUCCCAUUGCAAGCAUCCUCAUUGUUUAAUUCAUUUAUUAAUUACAACAAGCGCAAAUUAAUGAUUAAAUAAUUCAUUUAAUCAUAAUUUGUAUUGUUUAGUUAUAAA